GGCAAACCCCUGGAGGACAUGCCCAUGACAGUUGGCCACCGGAGACCUGCUUGUUUUCAGCGUAGACAUCUAAUUUGAGACUGUUAUACACCUGGGAUGCGAGUUCCAAAAAAGGAUACUGCUGGAGCCAGGGAAAGGAGGGUGGGGGGUAAAAAGAGAGGGGAGAAACCAGAAGAGGAAACCCCCUUGGUAGAGUCCAUCAGUGCAUGUGUAUAAGUGUAUGUGCUGAAACUGCAGAGGUCGCUUAGCAGAGCUGGAAUGACUUCUUUCCACCGCCAUGGGGGAGAUGGUGAAUGCCUGGUUCGCUGAGCGCGUCCAUACCAUCCAGCCAUCUGCAACCAAAGAAAAUCCUCCACAGCAGCGGGUACACCAGUCCUCCACAGACCCUGCUCCCCCCUCUGCCUCCACCAUCCUCCCACCCACCUUCAGCCUCCUGGACAGCCGCUGCCCUUCACCUGCCACGAUCCCUAGCCCGGCCCCCAGCACCCCGACUCGUAAAAUCUCAGCAUCAGAGUUCGACCGCCCGCUCAGACCCAUCGUGGUUAAAGACUCUGAGGGCUCUCUGACAUUUCUGAGCGACGCUGACCGUGUAACUGUCCCUCUCCGUGGCUCAGUGAUGGGUGAGGGUGGUGUUGUUGGGGUAGGUGGUAAUGGCAGUGGAUGCAGCGGGGCAGGUAAUGGCAGCGGGGGUGACCGCUGCGCCAGGCUGCUGGAGCUGGUGAAGGAUGUGUCGAGUCAUCUGGAUGUGACAGCACUCUGCCACAAGAUCUUCCUCCACAUCAACGAGCUGAUCGCUGCAGACCGCUACUCACUGUUCCUGGUGGGUGAGGACAGCUCCAACAGAAAGUUCUUGGUCAGCCGAUUGUUUGAUGUGGCCGAGGGAUCCACAUUGGAAGAAUCCUCCAGUAGCUGCAUCCGGCUGGAGUGGAACAAGGGUAUUGUGGGACAUGUAGCUGCAACGGGCCAGCCACUCAAUAUCAAGGACGCGUACGAGGACCCCAGGUUCAAUGCUGAGGUUGACCUGAUCACAGGCUACAAAACCCAGAGUAUCCUUUGUCUGCCCAUCAAGAACCACAGAGACGAGGUAGUCGGAGUAGCUCAAGCUAUCAACAAGAAAAGUGGGGAGGAUGGUGCCUUCACUGAACAGGAUGAAAAGGACUUCUCAGCCUAUUUGGCCUUUUCAGGCAUUGUACUGCACAACGCUCAGCUCUAUGAGACGUCGCAGCUGGAAAACAGACGCAAUCAGGUGCUGUUGGACCUGGCCAGUCUGAUCUUUGAGGAGCAGCAGUGUCUGGAAGUUUUACUGAGGAAGAUUGCAGGAACCAUCCUGUCCUUCAUGCAGGCCAAGGCUUGUACUGUCUUCAUUGCUGACGAAGACUCAAUGAAUUCCUUCUCCAGUGUCUUUCACAUGGAAUACGAGGAGCUUGGUGAAGUCCUAGACGCUCCCAAAAGGGACUGUGAUGUUAGUCAAAUUAACUACAUGUAUGCUCAGUAUGUUAAAAACACCAUGCAGCCUCUCAACAUUGCAGACGUCACCAAGGACCAACGCUUCCCCUGGACAAGUGAAAACACAGAUCGCACCAGCAACCAAAUAAAGAGUUUGCUCUGUACUCCCAUCAGGAAUGGCAAGAAGGACAAAGUCAUAGGUGUAUGCCAGUUGGUGAACAAGAUGGAUGAAGCGUCGAGCAGCGUGAAGGCCUUCAACAGAAACGAUGAGCAGUUCCUGGAGGCAUUUGCUAUCUUCUGUGGUCUCGGCAUCCAGAACACACAGAUGUAUGAAACUGUGGAGAGAGCAAUGGCAAAGCAGGAAGUCACUCUGGAGGUCCUGUCAUAUCACGCCUCCGCCGCAGAGGAAGAAUCGCGGGAACUCCAGGUAACCGCGGUAGCCACUGUUCCGUCAGCCCAGUCGUUGCAUCUUCUGGACUUCAGCUUCAGUGACUUUGACUUGUCGGACACUGAAACCACGUUGGCUACCAUACGCAUGUUUGUCGACCUCAACCUGGUCCAGAACUUCCAGAUGAAAUACACGAGUUUAUGCCAGUGGAUUCUGAGCGUGAAGAAGAACUACAGGAAGAAUGUGGCCUAUCACAACUGGAGACACGCCUUCAACACAGCCCAGUGCAUGUUCACCCUCCUCAAGUCAGGACGCUUACAGAAUAACCUGAGCGAUCUGGAGGUCUUGGCUCUGAUGAUUGCAACGCUCAGCCAUGACCUGGACCACAGAGGAGUCAACAACUCCUACAUACAGAGGAGCGACCAUCCACUAGCCCAGCUCUACUGCCACUCCACCAUGGAGCACCACCACUUCGACCAGUGCCUCAUGAUCCUCAACAGCCCUGGAAACCAGAUCCUAAGCGGUCUCUCCCUGGAUGAGUACAAGGCCACUCUGAAGAUGAUCGAGAGGGCUAUUCUGGCCACUGACCUGGCCCUGUACAUGAAGAGGCGAGGGGAGUUCUUUGAGCUCACCAAGAACAGCCAGUUUGUUUGGGAGGAAGAACAUCACAAAGACUUACUGAGGUCAAUGCUGAUGACUGCAUGUGACAUCUCAGCCAUCACCAAGCCCUGGCCGGUGCAAAAAAGGAUUGCAGAGCUGGUGGCCACUGAGUUCUUUGAACAGGGGGAUAAGGAGAGGCAAGAGCUGAACAUUGAACCUAUUGACCUGAUGAAUCGUGAGAAAAGAGAUAAGAUUCCCAGCAUGCAGGUGUCUUUCAUUGAUGCCAUCUGCACUCAGUUAUAUGAGACUUUGGCUGGUAUGUCGGAGUAUUGCUCCCCAUUGUUGGAAGGCUGUCAGAAAAACCGGCAGCAUUGGAAGCGUUUGGCCGAAGAGUGCGAGAAGGGACUGGGCAACGGCUUGGUGUGAUCCCAAAGCCAGUUUGGCUUUCAACCAACACAAAUUCCCAGGGUUCUCCCUGUCCAACCUGGUCUCGCAGAUUUCAUGAAAUUAGCAUGACAUACAGUACAUGAAUGACAGAACAAAUAAGAUGUUUUGUGCAAGGAAAGUGACCCAAAAUUUAUUUCCCUACCAGGAAAAGAUUAUAUAGUGAAAAUAAAAAAUACAUUUGGUUUGAUAGUGAAAAGGCAGAUACCAUUGCCCUCAACUUCAGAAAUCGUAGAGCAGGUUCAGGUCCCAACUUAUGCCAAAAGUUUUCUAACGCUUUAAGAAUAAUCCCGGUUUUUCGGUUUUCUCUCUGCUUUCUUAUUUUCAUAGGUUUGUCCAUCCUUCCAAUUGGUAAUAAUUAGGUUACACUCACCGAGGUAAUUGCUCAGAUCUGGGAAUACAGUAGCAUCACUGAAGAAAAUGAGCCAUGCUAACAGUCAGGCUGCACUUAGGCACAGCAGUGCUUUGAGCUAAAUGCUAACAUAACCAAGUAACACGGACAGGUUCACAGUGCUAACAAGCUGAGAUUAGGGCACAGUGUUGAGGUACAGUAUAUUGUUUCCCAUGUUCAUCAUAUGAUUUUAGCGAGGUAGCAUGGUUGCAUUUGCUUAUUAGCACUAAAGACAAAGAACAGCUGAUAAUGAUGGGAAUGUAAUUAGCUUUGCAAGCAUUUACACAUUAACCAAAGUAUCGCUACAGUAAAGGUCAAGGAUCAUUAAAAUCCUUACUGUUCAUCCUAUGGGAACCAUGAAUGUCAGUACAAAUUUCCAGGUAAUACAUCAUGUAGAUGUUAUCUCAGUCUGGUCAUUCUUGGUGGACCAAGUGACAGACUAACAUUGCCACCCAUAGAUCCAGACUGCAGACAGCCGAAGUUAGGAACCACGAGACUAACAAAAUCUCUGGUUAGCCAAUCUAUUUUGGAAUAGAGAACAAAUGUGAACAAUGAUAUUAUUAGCCAAGAUGUCUGUUAUAAACAUCCAUCACAGUUUACUAGAUUAACUAUACUUGCUGUAUUUCGGCACAAUGAAGGAUUAUUACCGACAUUUCUCUUUGAGGUGUACUCCGUUUCAGUUUUACUACAAAUAAAGUGGUUCCCAUUAACCAGCUAAACUGUUGGCUUGUUUCCAACCACUCUGAUCAUUGGACUGCUCAUUUCUUGCCCUGCCUUGACUUUGCUUUAGCAAUUUCACCAUUUUCCCAGAUCUCAAUAACUUUGGUGAGUACAUAUACCAAAUGGCCAAAACUACAAAAAUCAGAAAAAACCUUAAACAAAUUCUUGCCUUAGCUCAAUUUAGCUGUUAGCUCAGUCACAUGAAAAACAGGUGAGAACGACGUACAAUUUUGUGUCCAUGUGUCAUCACUGUUUCAGAGGGUAUGCUCAUUUCAUCAAACUUUGUGAGACUUGUCUUCCUGUUGUCACCAUUCUUUUAUGGCUGUCACUCACCAGAGACGAUAACAGAAUCAGCACUAAGCUAUAUUUAUUACCCUAGCCAUUUUUAUUUUUGCACAGAGUGGCUUUCAUCUUGAAGUCUCACCUACACUAUCUCUCACAGGUAGUGAAUUUUAGGGGAACACUGAAUGGUAAGACAUAGAUCCUUAGGGAUCAGCACCAUUCCAGUGGGCUACAGAUAUUGUACUCACUGUAUACUUUACAUAGUGUCACAAUAAUCUGAUAUGCCUUUUAAAUGUUUUCAUUCACAGCACACACACAAGGGUUUGAGUCUUUUUUAACAUUUUUUUCACUCAUUGUCUUAACUAUUGCAUAUUUAUUUUUAUUUUAUAUUUAUUAGAGUUUCUAUAUUGUAAGGUCAUUCUUUUGUCAAGAGAAAACAAUUCUUUAUAUAGGAAAUGUAGUUUUCAUACUUAAAAAUCCCAUCUCUGUUCUUUGAAGGAUCUUGCGUUGGAACAACUCUUUCAGAUGAAAAUUGGAAAUGAACUGUAUUGUUAUUCAAUGUUUUUUUUCUUUUCAAAAUGUAAAAUAGCCAAAGACUAGGCCAGCAAUUUCAAAGGGACAUUGGUCUAGAUUCUUCCACUGCCUUGUUGUGAUAAAAUAGGACAAAUUCACAAUUUAGAGAAAAACAUAUUUUAUCUGUCCACAUCUCUCUGCACCCAUUAAUGUCUUUUCCCGACAAUAGGCUGUUUUUACACCCCAUUAUUAUAACUGAACGAUGAAGUGCUGUUUGCAAUGUGGACAGCCUGCCCAGACUUUGUUGUGAUUUAUUACUUUGAUUUCACAUACAUUUCCGCCAACAUUAGAACACAACUUAACUUUUCUGAAAACCAACAAAAGACCGCACAGGGGGUCAUCUAGUACCGACAUUUUACAUUGUGCCCUGCCCACUAAAACACAGGAUUUCAUCUUCUGCUUUGAAAUAUACAUCCAUUUUUUUUGUAAUUACCAGUUAUCAGUUAGUGCAUUACAGGUAUUUAAGGUUUAGGAUAAUAAGAUGUUGGGUGUUUGCUCACACUUCCACAUUCAAAUCACUUUACACUCUUAUACAAAACUUUAGUACUCUGUACGCACAACAGGUGCAACCUAUUUGCAUUUUAUCAUGAGCAACAAACAGGCCAGACAGCCUGGUCAUAACUAAAGCACUUUUGUAGACGCACAUGCUCAGAAAGCUCAUUUGUAUCUGUGGUUGUUUUGUACUUAGAAUAAGUCUCCAGGACUGUACAUGUCCUCUACAUGUGCCUGUUGCCUAACCUCUGCUUUUUCAAAAACAAAAUAUCUGAUUUCCUCACUGCUUCAGUCUCUGGGUUGUUUCAGAGAAAUUUGCUUCUCUUUUUGUUUUGUUGCAUGUACAUGAGCGGGCAUUGUACCAGAGAGAGGUUUUUUUUUUUGUUUGUUUUGUUUUUUUUUUUAAGAUGAGAGGCUUUCUACUGCAGGUUAGAAAAUGUAAUAUGCUGAUAUGGUACCGUUAUGAAGGAGGUGUUCCACAUCUGCAACUGUCAACACCACUGAACACUGUGAGCCAAGUAAAUGGUAUGUCCCAUUAAAGAAUAAUGCUUAUUUUCUAUGUGUUGUGUGUGUUGUUUUAU